CACGGCUACAGCGCUUAUAGAUUCUGGUUCUGAGUGCUCGUUCAUUGCUGAGAGAGUCAAAUGGAGAAUCAACCUGCCAUCAAAACGCUUGCAUGCCCAAGUUUCGGGCAUCAAUAACUCUGUAUCUGCGCAGGUAAAAGAAGCGUGUGCUAUUCAACUUCGGUCACCCACAGACCCGUUAAUUAAUAUAGAAGCAAUUGUGCUGGUUUUACCACAAUUAACCGGGGAUCUUCCGACUUGUCAGAUAAGCGCAAUGACGCGGCAAUCGUUCCCAGACUUGGUCUUGGCGGACAAAAGAUUCUUCGUCAAUGAGCCAGUUGACCUGGUCUUAGGAGGAGAUAUUUACCCGCAAAUAAUUUUAAGCGGAAUGAGGAAGAACGUAUUAAAUACGCUUCUCGCGCAAGAGACCGUGUUCGGUUGGAUACUGACUGGUCGCGCGGACUCAGUCAGUCCAACUAACAAUAUCGUAUCGUAUUUUAACGAAGUCACGUUGGACAAGCAGCUAGCUGCAUUUUGGGAGCUGGAGGAUGUCCCAAAGAAAAAAGGCAUCAACGAAGAUGAUAAAUACUGCGAAUAG